CCCUCACACUCCAUUCAGACACUCACUCACACUCUCUCUCUCUCUCACACUCACACACACACACACACACACACAGAUCCACGCGGAGCACCGACCCAGGUGCCGCCAUGGACCAGGAGGGGAACGUGAAGAGGACAGCUAGAAACAGAGGGUGGUUACCGUAGUAACUGGAUCUCUCCUCUUCACCUCUGUGCCUGGUGAUGCUGUCUCUCCAUCUGGCUUCUCUUCUCUCGCUUCUAGAUACACUACCUCUACACUGAUAGUGGAUGACACAGAAACAGGAGGGGCUGGUUUCUCAUCUUUUCACCCUAACUGAGAAGGGAACCUUAUUCUCCGACACUCUCCUUGUCAGGACGGAACACUACACUUUUUCCCUUUCCUUAUCUUUUUCUCUGAGAUCGUUGGCUUCCACUUCCCUGGGAUUUCUAACGUUUUUAUUCCGCCAUGGCUCACGCAGCCUCCGCAUUGAAGAAGAACCGGGACGUGGAUGUCAAUGCUAUCGAGGAUGAGAAAGAAAAGAAAAGGAGAAUUAAGAAACUUGCGUCCCGGGAACAAAAGAGAAAGUCAGACAGCAAUGCCAGUUACCUGCGAGCAGCGCGGGCUGGGAACCUUGAAAAGGCCCUGGACUACCUGAAGUCUGGGGUGGAAAUCAACAUCUGCAACCAGAAUGGAUUGAACGCUCUUCAUCUGGCCUCUAAGGAGGGUCAUGUGGAGGUGGUGGCUGAGCUGCUGAAGCUAGAAGCCAAUGUGGACGCAGCAACCAAGAAAGGAAACACCGCUCUUCACAUAGCCUCCCUGGCCGGCCAAACGGAAGUGGUGAAAGAGCUGGUCACCAAUGGAGCCAAUGUCAACGCACAGUCUCAGAAUGGCUUCACCCCACUGUACAUGGCUGCCCAGGAGAACCAUCUGGAGGUGGUACGCUUCCUCCUGGGACACAACUCCAGCCAGAGUAUGGCCACCGAGGACGGGUUCACUCCUCUGGCGGUGGCCCUGCAGCAGGGGCAUGACCAGGUGGUGUCUCUGCUCCUGGAGAAUGACACCAAGGGCAAGGUGCGUCUGCCCGCCCUGCACAUCGCCGCCCGCAAGGACGACACCAAGGCUGCAGCGUUACUUCUCCAGAACGACCACAAUGCAGAUGUCGAGUCCAAGAUGAUGGUGAAUAGAACGACAGAGAGCGGCUUCACUCCUCUCCACAUCGCUGCUCACUAUGGCAACAUCAACGUGGCCACGCUUCUGCUGAACCGAGGGGCCGCUGUGGACUUCAUGGCCAGGAAUGACAUCACACCUCUCCAUGUGGCAUCUAAAAGAGGAAAUAGUAAUAUGGUCAAACUGCUGUUGGACAGAGGCUCCAAAAUAGAUGGCAAGACCAAGGACGGACUGACACCUCUUCACUGUGGAGCGAGGAGCGGUCAUGAACAAGUGGUUGAGAUUCUGCUGGACCGCGGAGCACCCAUUCUGUCCAAGACAAAGAACGGGCUGUCCCCUUUGCACAUGGCCACUCAGGGCGACCACAUCAACUGUGUCCAGCUACUCCUCCAGAAUGACGUCCCUGUCGAUGAUGUCACCAAUGACUACCUGACAGCGCUACACGUGGCCGCCCACUGUGGACACUACAAAGUGGCCAAGCUCAUAGUGGACAAGAAAGCCAACCCAAACGCUAAAGCACUGAACGGCUUCACCCCGCUUCACAUCGCCUGCAAGAAGAACCGCGCCAAAGUGAUGGAGCUGCUGCUGAAACACGGCGCAUCGAUCCAGGCUGUGACCGAGUCUGGACUUACUCCUAUCCACGUGGCAGCCUUCAUGGGACAUGAUAACAUUGUCAACUCUCUGACACAUCACGGAGCUUCACCCAACACCACCAACGUGAGGGGUGAGACAGCGCUGCACAUGGCAGCACGGGCGGGUCAGGCGGACGUGGUGCGAUACCUGCUGCAGAAUGGAGCUAAUGUGGAGACCAAGGCCAAGGACGACCAGACGGCGCUGCACAUCUCUAGCCGGCUGGGGAAGGCUGACAUCGUCCAGCAGCUGCUGCAGCGGGGGGCUUCUGCCAAUGCUGCCACCACGUCGGGCUACACACCUCUCCACCUGGCUGCCCGCGAAGGUCACGAGGACGUAGCCGCCAUGCUGCUGGACCAGGGUGCAUCGCUCUCAGCCUCCACUAAGAAAGGGUUCAGUCCUCUUCACGUGGCAGCCAAGUAUGGGAAGAUGGAAGUGGCCAGCCUGCUUCUUCAGAAGAGAGCAGCUCCAGAUGCAGCUGGAAAGAGUGGGCUAACUCCACUGCAUGUAGCUGCUCACUACGAUAAUCAGAGAGUGGCUCUACUGCUUCUGGAUCAGGGAGCAUCUCCCCACGCCUCCGCCAAGAAUGGCUACACACCCCUCCACAUAGCUGCCAAGAAGAACCAGAUGGACAUAGGGACCACGCUACUGGAAUACGGGGCGGACACCAACGCUGCGACCCGCCAGGGCAUCAGUCCUGUUCACCUGGCUGCACAGGAGGGCAGUGUGGACCUGGUCUCUCUGCUCCUCUCCAAGAACGCCAAUGUCAACAUGGGCAACAAGAGCGGCCUCACACCCCUCCACUUAGCAGCGCAGGAGGACAAAGUCAACGUGGCAGAAGUCCUGCUCAACCAGGGAGCGGACAUCAACCCCGAGACAAAGAUGGGAUACACUCCGCUGCAUGUGGCUUGUCACUAUGGCAACAUCAAGAUGGCAAACUUCCUCAUACAGAACCAGGCCAGAGUUGAUGGCAAAACAAAGAACGGCUACACGCCCCUCCACCAGGCGGCGCAGCAGGGUCACACCCACAUCAUCAACCUGCUGCUGCAACACGGAGCCUCGGCCAAUCAGCUGACCGUGAACGGGAACACAGCCUUGUCCAUUGCCCGUCGCCUUGGUUACAUCUCAGUGGUGGACACUCUCAUACCGCUGACUGAUGAGAAUCUGACCUCUGUGACUACGACAGAAAAACACAAAAUGAACGUCCCCGAGACUAUGAACGAGUUUCUGGACAUGUCUGAAGAUGAAGUUAAGGCUAAUGUGCCGGAAAUUCUCAAUGAGGACUGUAUUUCAGAUGUUGACGAAGGUGAGGAUGCAAUGACCGGAGACACUGACAAAUAUCUGCGGCCCCAGGACCUCAGGGAGCUGGGGGACGACUCUCUCCCGCAGGAGGGCUACAUGGGGUUCAGCAUAGGAGUCCGCUCAGCAAGCCUCCGCUCCUUCAGUUCGGAUAGGUCCAACACCCUCAACCGCAGCUCCUACGCACGGGACAGCAUGACGAUAGAGGAGAUCCUCGCCCCGACCAAGGACACACUUCAGAGUGUCUGUAAAGACCUUUCCUACUUGGUUGACCCUCUCAAUAAGCACCUGGCUGUAACCCGGGACUACGAUGCAGAGUGCCUGAGGCGCUACAGCUGGACCCCAGACACCAUGGACCACAGCAACACUGUGUCCAGCCCCAUUCACUCAGGCUUGUCCUCCCCGCUCCCUCAGUAUGACUCCAGAUUCCUGGUUAGCUUCAUGGUGGAUGCUCGUGGGGGGUCCAUGAGAGGAAGUCGAAGCAACGGCAUGCGUAUCAUCAUCCCGCCCCGGAAGUGCACGGCUCCCACCCGCAUCACCUGCCGCCUGGCCAAGAGGCACAAGCUGGCCUACCCUCCGCCCAUGGUGGAGGGAGAGGGCCUGGUCAGCCGGCUGGUUGAGGUCGGUCCUGCAGGAGCCCAGUUUCUGGGUCCUGUAAUCGUGGAGAUUCCUCAUUUUGGCUCCAUGAGGGGGAAGGAGAGGGAGCUGAUCGUACUCAGGAGCGACAAUGGUGACACAUGGAAGGAACACCAGUACGACUGCCAUCCAAGUGACAUCACAGACAUUCUGAACGGGAUGGACGAAGAACUGGACAGCAAUGCUGAGCUGGAGAAGAAGCGUAUUAGUCGGAUCAUCACCAGGGACUUCCCCCAGUACUUUGCGGUGGUGUCCAGGAUCAAGCAGGAGAGUAACCACAUGGGUCCAGAGGGUGGGACGCUGACCAGCCAGACAGUGCCCAUGGUCCAGGCUUCGUUCCCACAGGGGGCGCUCACCAAGAAGAUACGCGUUGGCCUGCAGGCUCAGCCCGUCCCAGACGACAUGGUGAGGAAUCUUCUCGGCAACAGGGCCACCUUCAGCCCUAUAGUUACCGUGGAGCCCAGGAGGAGGAAGUUCCACAAGCCCAUUACCAUGACGAUCCCUGUUCCGCCCCGAUCUGCAGAAGGCCACCCCAGUGGACACAGGGGGGACUCCACCCCCUGCCUGCGCCUCCUCUGCAGCAUCACAGGUGGAACAUCUCCUGCCCAGUGGGAGGACAUCACAGGGACCACUCCCCUGUCCUUUGUCACAGACUGUGUUUCCUUCACAACAAAUGUGUCGGCCAGGUUCUGGCUUACAGACUGUCACCAGACUCCUGAGACGGUCAGUCUGGCCUCUCAGCUAUACCGGGAGCUGAUCUGUGUGCCAUACCUGGCCAAGUUUGUGGUGUUUGCCAAGAUGAACGAUCCUGUGGAGUCACGCCUCCGCUGCUUCUGCAUGACGGACGACAAGGUGGACAAGACUCUGGAACAACAGGAGAACUUUGAAGAGGUGGCCAGGAGCAAGGACAUUGAGGUCUUGGAGGGCAAGCCUAUCCAUGUGGAUUGCUACGGCAACUUAUCUCCUCUUACCAAGAGUGGGCAGCAGCUGAUCUUCAACUUCUUCUCUUUCAAAGAGAACCGGCUUCCUUUCAAUGUGAAGGUCAGAGACAUGGGCCAAGAACCAUGCGGUCGACUCUCAUUCUUGAGAGAGCCAAAAACCACUAAAGGUCUUCCACAGACUGCUGUAUGUAAUUUGAAUAUCACACUGCCAACUCAUAAGAAGGACAUGAUGGAGUCUGAUCCUGAUGAUGAGACUGAAAAACCAGACCGACGUCAUACCUUUGCCUCCUUAGCUUUGCGUAAGCGCUACAGCUAUCUGACCGACCCUGCAGCGAAAACAACUGAUCGGAGCUCGCCGAGAACACAGCCUACUGGCUACACUCACAAACCUGUCUUUUCAACGAGAUCUUAUCAGGCGUGGUCGGCUGUUCCUGUCUCCGUCCCUGGCCAAGCCAAGUCUGGAUUCGGUUCCCACUCCAGUUCAUCGUCCAACACGCCCACUGCCUCUCCACUGAAGUCCGUGUGGUCCAUCACCUCAGCGUCCCCCAUCAAGUCCAACAUAGGCGGCUCACCGGCCCAUUCCAUCAAGUCAGUCAGCGACAUAGCUUCCCCCAUCAGGUCGUACAGGACCAUUUCAUCCCCAAUAAAGACUGUAGUUCAGCAGGCCCAGUACCCAGUUCAGGUUACCCCCAGUCUCCAGUCAUCGCCAGUCAGAAGCAUUCCAGACCAUGUUUCCAUCAAGGGACUGGCAGCAUUGUCUACUAGAACCUCUCCUAUCACCACUGGUGGAGGGUGUCUGCUAGAAAGGUCAUCAAUCACCAUGACGCCACCUGCUUCCCCUAAAUCCUCACUGAACAUGUACAGUUCAACUCUUCCAUUCAAGGGUGUCAUUGUGGGCACUGGCACAACAACAUCGUCCUCUCCUAUAAAAACUGUUCCUGGCCUCUCCUCUGUCCGGUCCAGUGCAGACCCCUCAAGCCCCUCAAGGAGUCUCUUUUCCUCCCUCUCAUCACCAAUUAAAUCCAACACUCCUCCUAGUGCUGCAGCUCUGAUCAAUGGAAUAGUAUCCCCUACAAAGUACCGCUCCUCCUCCCCCACGUCCCUACUCUCCAGCAGCUUACAGGGGAGGAUACAGGCAACCACCAAUGCAGCAACAACAAGCGUAAAUGCAGCCUUUGACGAGGUUGAAAAAACGUUCAAUUCCUGCUCUGCCUCUGGAUAUGGCACUCUCAAGUCCAUGUCCUCCUCAGCGUCAUCCUCUUACCAGUCCAUAAGAUCCUCAGCCUCUAGUUCCCUAUAUGCCUCUUUACGGUCCCCACUAAACCCACCAAGCCCAAUGACUGUCCCAGUGUAUUCAAUUAUAAAUGUUUUGCCAGAACCCCAAUUUAAAAAGCUCCCUGAGGUGUCAAAGUCAGCUGCUGCCCUCUUGUCCCCUCGAAAAACAAUGCCUGCUGAGACAAAAUCUCAAGCCCAGUCUUCCUUUGCCAGAACUCUGUCACCUGUCAAAUCCCCCUUAUUCAUGUCCCCGGCUGCCCUAAAAUCCACCACCUCAUCCCCGCUGUCCUCCAGCCAAGAGAUACUGAAGGACGUGGCAGAAAUGAAAGAGGACUUGAUACGGAUGUCUAACAUCUUGCAAACAGAACCAAGUUCAGCCUCCAAAGGUUUCCAGUCUGACUUCCCCAAAGAGGCUAGAAUGGAGGACGAGGAGCCUUACAGAAUUGUAGAGAAAGUGAAACAGGACCUGGUCAAAGUUAGUGAGAUACUAACCAAGGAUACGGUCAAGAAUAACAAGACAGCUUUUAAAACAAAUACAACAGACGAGGUACAGUUCUCUAAACAAGUGCCAGUGGAUCCCCAGCAAAGCAACUGGAGUUAUCCACCAAGAUAUGAGACAGUGGUCCCUCAAAUCAAAACUAAGACUAUACCAGACAGAGAUUUCAAUCUAUCGAAGGUAGUAGACUACUUGACAAAUGACAUUGGCAGUAGCUCUAUCUCAAAAAUUGCAGAUGUAAAGCAUAGAUCUGAUGAGGUUAGAAGAGAAGGAGAGGAGAAACAGAAACGUAUGCUUAAACCUGAGCACAAGCUGAAAAUGCCACCCGCAAACAUGCGGUCCUCUGCCUCAGAAAAGGAGCUCUGUAAACUAGCAGAUGUGCUAUUUGGGCCUGAUGCCAUGUUAGAAUCUCCAGAUGACAUCUCACAUGACCAGGACAAGAGUCCCCUCUCAGACAGUGGCUUUGAGACAAGGAGUGAAAGGACGCCAUCUGCCCCACAGAGUGCAGAAGGCAUGGGACCCAAGACGCUUUUCCAGGAUAUUCCACCAGUAAUCACAGAGACAAGGACUGAGGUUGUUCAUGUUAUUAGGAGCUAUGAGUCUCCUGAAGAUAACAAGCAACCAAUGAUGGAGGAUACAAGGGCGGUUAGAUACAUUGAUGCUGAGCCCAAAGGGCUGAAUGCAUCCAAUGUGGACCAAACUAAAUCAUUUCAGAUGAAAAUCAGCCCGGACGAUGACUCGAUGGGCAAGGGCAUGCGAGUUAAGGAAGAGACCCACAUCACAACUACCACCCGAAUGGUGUACCACAAACCCCAGAGUAAAGAGAAUACAUCAGAGAGGAUUGAAGAAUCAAUGUCAGUGCAUGAUAUCAUGAAAGCUUUCCAGUCCGGCAGGGAUCCCUCCAGAGAACUUGCUGGACUGUUUGAGCACAAGGCCGGCAACGAUGACACAUCACAGAGAGUUCUUGAAGAUAUCAGCUCAAAGCCCAAAGUUGAAAGAAUAAUUGAGGUUCACAUUGAAAAGGGCAACAAAACUGAACCAACUGAGGUCAUCAUCCGGGAGACAAAAAAUCGCCCAGGGAAGGAGAUGUACUUUUACCAAGGGAACAGUGGAAUGUCACGACAGGGAGAGGAGGAGCCUGAAGAAUCGCUCCCCUGUUACCUAGAGUCUUCCAGAGUAAACACGCCCAUGACACAGGAAGAUGAUAGUCAUCCAAGCUCUGAACAGCUCAUGGCAGACGACUCGUACAAAACCCUGAAGUUACUCAGCCAGCACUCUGUGGAAUAUAAUGAUGAUGAAUCAUCAGAACUCAGAGGAGAGUCUUACAACUUUGCCGACAAAAUGCUUCUCUCUGAGAAACCAGACUCGUUUCACUCUGACACUGAGGAGUAUUUAAGGGACAGGUCUCGUUUUCAAUCGCCAGAUAGGAGUUGUUAUAGUCAGGGAAGGUCUAGUGGAUCAAGGCAAGAAUAUAUUUUGAAGUCAUCAAACACAGACAAAUCAGGUCAAAUUGCCAAUGUAGACGAUAACUUUGACAAACUAACACUGUUGCAGUAUUCCUCAGAACCUGGUAGCCCAAAGCACUCUGUUUGGAUGCGUGUCACUGAUGACAGACAGGGCAAGAAUAGAGAAAAGCUGAUAUAUGAAGACAGAGUAGACAGAACUGUUAAGGAAGCAGAGGAAAAGCUUAGCGAAGUCUCUCAGUUUUUUCGUGAUAAGACAGAGAAACUGAACGAUGAGCUUUCUUCCCCUGAGAAGAAGUCCCGUAGGUCCGACUUUAGGGAAACACGAUCAGGGCCUAGCUCUACGCACAGCAGUCCUGAAAGAUCAGCAUACAGGAAUGGGGGCAGUGGUGAAGAAUGUAGAGACCGUUUCAGAGACAGGUUUGGCUCCAAUGAUAGAAAAUGUGCUAGUUUACCAAGCAGCCCAGAGAGGAGAGUGCUGCUACAAUAUAAGGAUGACAAUAGAAAACCAGGGGAUGGCAUCUCACAGGGCAAUGUGGGUGAUGCCUCUAAACCUUUUCAAAUGUCAUCCUCCAAAGUCAGCGCUGUUAGGCUACAUUUUGAACAAGAGGCUCAAAAGCAAGAUACGGGUCAACAAUGGGGACACACGUCAAAUCCCCCAGUAAGAAAACUCCUGGAAAGUAAGCUGCCUGUGUAUCAGGUUUUUGCAGGCUCAAAUAUCCCCAAAUCACCAGACAGUCCAGGAUGUACAAGGAAGGUUCUAGAAAGUGAGGUAAGAGGAUCUAGUGGACCAAGCCCCAGUGCUAAUAGGUAUAUUUACUCAUCUCCUAAACACGGCACAAACGGAAAUGAACAGGAAGAAAAAAAGUCCUUCAAAACUUGGGAAUGUCAUGGAAAUGGAAACUAUCAACCCCAAGUGUCAAUUCACAAAGACCACAAUUCACAAAGAGAACAGCAGGGUUUUAGAGAUGGAAUAGCCAGAAAAGAAGAGACAACCAAGAAAAUAAUUUACACAGAGCUUGUGGUCCGAGAAACCCCAAAUAGUACCGGUGGUCUAAAAAAAAACUCGGAAUCGCAAAUUCCUGUUAGAAUGCCAUCUAGUUUCUCAGAAAAUCAUCAAUCCACUCCAUUAAAAUUUGAUACCUCUGUUAAACUGUGUGAAAGGCCAGGGUUACAAAUACCUACUUUAGCUAGAAAUAGGUUACACAGCGGCUCCGAAUCCAGAAAAUCCACAAACGGCUCAUCAGUAGAAAAAUCAUCUGAUUCUUUUGAUAGUAGCCAGUCAACUGUAGUGUGCAAUGGUAUAGAUAGCGAUCAAGUAGGGUACUUGGAAAACAUUGUUACUGAGGGUUUCAAAGACAUCAAACCUUUGCCAGUUUAUGUUAGCAUCCAAGUGGGCAAGAAAUACGAAAAAGAAACAGCUGAGCAGCUGGGAACAUACAAAAAGAUAGUGAGUCACGAGAGUCGAACAGUGCAUGAGACACGGGGAGCGCGUUACACCAUUAAACAAAAACAGACCCCAUCUCCUCAAGGCAGCCCAGAGGAUGACACUCUAGAGCAAGUUACUUUCAUGGACAGCUCUGGCAAAAGUCAUGUUACUCCUGAGACACCAAGUUCUGAGGAGGUGAGCCUUGCCUCCAGAACGCCAGAUUCCGUGAUUGGAUACAUGCCCGGAAUGCCCAUUCCAAUAGCAGAGGAGUCUGAAGAAGACGAAGGAAAGACCUUCGUCUACAAGGAGUCUCUGCCAAAGAAAACCAAGCCUGCCUCCUCAGAACCCUCCAACCGAAAUCAGGAAACACUGAAACGACACAAAGAGAAAAGAGUCGCUUACAUUGAGUUUCCCCCCCCUCCGCCUUUAGAGGCAGAGCAUUCUGACCCUGAUAAGAGGGGAUCUUGUGCCUCCUCAGAGGCUGAGACAGAGAUGAUGGAGGUGAACCUCCAAGAGGAGCAUGAUCGGCACCUCCUUGCAGAGCCCAUCAUCAGGGUUCAACCUCCCUCUCCAGUUCCACCUGGAGCAGACGACAGCGACUCUAGCGACGAUGAGUCUGUCUUCCAUCCCAUUCCCAACAAAAAGUACACCUUUAAGAUGAAGGAGAAGGAGGAAGGAGAGAAGCGUCUAAAACCCCAAAAGCCUGAGAGGAACGGAAACAACAAGGAGUCAGGCACGAAUGGCGUUGAAAAAGAAGAGGAUGUAGACUUAGAGAAAAAUGGCAACGACCAGUCAAUCACAGACUGCUCCAUAGCCACAACUGCUGAGUUCUCUCAUGACACAGAUGCCACUGAAAUAGACUCACUCGAUGGCUAUGACCUUCAAGAUGAGGAUGAUGGAUUGAGUGAACAAGACCCUAAAACAUCAAGCCUGUCCAAUGACGGCAAGACAUGUGAUCGUUCCUUUAGUCAAUCAAAGCUUGAAGUCAUAGAGGAGGAGAAAACACCAAGUGAGGAUGGAGGGGAUAAUGGGAAAGCAAACUCAGACCAAAACACCGGAGAUGAAAAAGACUACACUCUUGAGGGAAGACAUCCAGAUAGACAGGGCGAUAGACAAGACUUUGCAGAUAACUAUUUUCGUUGUCAACUCGAAGAGGAGUUAAACUCUACCUUCAAAACAGUCGCCACGAAAGGCUUAGACUUUGACCCCUGGUCAAGCAAAGGGGAAGAAGGAGAAGGAGUUUUUGAUGCCAAAGCGAGAGAAGAAGAUCCCAAGCCUUUUGGUUUGUCUGUGGAGGACAAAUCGCAAGCCACCACUCCAGACACUACCCCUGCUAGAACCCCGACUGAUGAAAGCACACCGACUAGCGAGCCUAACCCUUUCCCCUUCCAUGAGGGGAAGAUGUUUGAGAUGACGCGCAGUGGUGCAAUUGACAUGAGCAAGCGGGACUUUGUUGAAGAGAGGCUUCAAUUUUUCCAGAUUGGUCCUCAGAGUCCCUGUGAGCGAACAGACCUGCGGAUGGCCAUUGUGGCCGACCACCUGGGACUUAGCUGGACUGAGCUGGCUCGGGAAAUGAACUUUUCUGUCGACGAGAUCAACCACAUCCGAGUGGAGAACCCCAACUCCCUGACAGCGCAGAGCUUCAUGCUGCUAAAGAAAUGGGUCACCCGGGACGGUAAAAACGCAACGACGGAUGCCUUAACUGGAGUGCUGACCAAAGUCAAUCGGAUGGAUAUUGUGACUUUACUGGAAGGGCCGAUAUUUGACUAUGGUAACAUUUCAGGCACGAGAAGUUUUGCCGAUGAUAACGCUGUUUACCUGGAUCAGGCUGAUGGUUGGCACAGUGAGACGUUCAGCGUCAACGUGGAGCCGCCCACACCCGGAUGCAGUGUGAGCUCAGACCUGCUAGACCGCCAGGAAAAUAGCCAGGAGAACUCCAGUGACUCCGUCACCUCUUCCUCUAGAGGGGAGCCAGGGAGGUCCAGGCAUAAUGGCGAUCACACGGAGGUACCACCUCAUGACGGGUCACUUCCUCUAUCGCAGGACUCAGCCAACAGAAGAGCUGGACAUGGGAAGGAAGAAGGCGUACUUGUGUCUGAGAAGAAAGUCCAGCAGCGUUUUAGUGAGUCUGGCACUGAUGAGGAACAAACCGUCACCACCAGGGUGUUUCGGCGCCGGGUCAUUCUUAAGGGAGAACAGGCAAAGAAUAUUCCAGGCGAAUCAGUGACAGAAGAACAGUUUACCGAUGAAGACGGUAACAUCAUCACUAGAAAAGUCAUCAGAAAAGUCAUCAGGCGGGUGUCCAUGCCUGACGACCAGGGCGGGGACAGGGGGAGGUGGGACCGAGGAGACCUCUGGCCUUGCCCUUUCUCACUGGAGGAGGAGCUAGAGCAAGGAGAUGGAGCUAAAAGCAGGAGGAAGGAGGAGAGGCUGGGAGAAAAGAAGCUUCACUCGUAGGGCUAGCUGUGCUCCACCAGGUCUCCACGGCAGAAAGUUACACACAACUAGAAACUAAAGGAAAAUAGGACAUUUCAGCCAAUACUUCCAACAUGUGGUUUUCAAGCGUGAAGAACUUGACCCGUCUGAUUUUAGCAUGAGCAUGAAAAACUCACUCCCUGUCAAUUGAGGGAUCUGGAAGGUUCUCACCAUGGAAUCUGAAUUCUAAUUGUACAGCUCUCACUUCCUGUGGUCUAUGGACCAGAAGAAUUAUGCUUCCUGUUUGUGACUCGUAAUGUGCCAUUGGUGUCAUGAGAGCUUUUGAGGAGCAUUGUGGUGAGACCGAAAAAGGACUCCAUUACAGAAAAACCACAGGUGCAACUGAACAUACACUUCCCUGUGACCAAAGAUGGCACAAAAGCUCAAUUCUAAUAGUAGGAGAAAGAAACUCAACAAAAUUACAGAAAAACAAGAGGAUCACUUCUGAUCCACCUCCAACACUCGCCUUAUAUGUUUGUUCUUGGACCCAUAAAUGUCAGGUUGUAAAUUGCUGGGGUUUUUGUUUUCCUUUUUAUAAACCUGAAAAUAACAAUACUUUGUUCUGUAUAGAAAUUACAAUCUGUACAAUCCUAAAAUGAUGAGUUACAAGAUGAUAAUGCAGAGGAGAGAACUUUACAAGUGCUUUCAACAUGAUUAUCAAAAUGGUUCAAGAUUUGAGUGAACUUCACAUGUUGUUGUAUAAUUAAUUAUUAUAGCAGGUAUAACAUUUGUAUAUGAAAAAAGAUGGUUUGAUUUUAACAGAGGAAAUUUCCAGAAAAUCUUCUGCAAAUUUCAGUGAUUCCCAAAAUGGGGAUGUAUCUAAUUCUGCAAAAGCAGUCUUUCAAGAGUACUCAUAUUUUCAUGCAUGCCUUUCACAUUAUUUUAAGUAAAAUUUGUACAAGUUUGAAAACACUGUAUUAAAAAUUAGAAUUAAAACCCUUUAUCUGUGUACAACUAUAGCCUUAACAUUUGUCACCAGUUUUAUAUUUGAAAUUAUAAAAAAAAAAAACAUAAGUGUUUUUUUUGUCUCGGAUGAGGAACAGUAUGAAGAAAGUUUGUUCUAUAGCUUCUUGAGGAUUACCGUUUGUCUAUGUACAACUGAAGGGCGGCUUCUGCAGGGUUUUAUCAUAAAUGCUAUGAGAAAGGAGUAAUCUGAAUGUAUAUGCUAGAAGACUGUCUCGCUGUAAAAUGAUCAAUGUAUUGUGUGUAUUGGCUAUAAGGUGUAGAGGUCGCUGUACGCUGUAAGACUGUUUGUAAUCAUUUUAGCAGUGUGUCAAUUGGUUUUAUAAAGGCUGCUGUGGUUUUAAAGACGAGGGUUUGGGGUUUUUGGGAAGUAUUUCCUUAAGUUUAAUCUACUCACAUAAAGACACACAAGGCAUUCUUUGAUUGUAACUCUUGAUAGCAUAUGUAUGACAAAAACACUGGAUGGUCAAAACGAUUAUUUAAGCAUAAAAUAAAUUGUGUUGAACUCUGAAAUUGUGUGAUCUUUUUAGGCUUGAGAAUCUGUAUGCAGUGUCUAACUAGCAUUGUUUUGAUAGCUCAUUGGCGAUUACUUUGCAUUAGAUCUUCUCUUUGUAUUGGUUAGACUAGAGGCCCAUGUAGUUCAAGUGUGGUGUUAUUCUGGUGUGAAGGCUCAGACUUAGUGUGAUGAUGUUUAUGCUGUGGACAUGACAACCAUGUAAAGGACUUAAUUUCUUUUGACAAGUGAAGCAAUUUAGGGUAUUGUAUCAUAUAUCCUAUCUUACAUGUCAAUCAGGGGGUAGAGGGUAAUUUGAUAUGGUUGAACUAUCAAUUUUGUCAAUUUUGUUUGAUAUGUGUUUUCAACUGAACAAAUUUUUUCGAUGUACAAUUCUUACUAACAGAGUGAAGCCAUUGAAAUGUAACUAUUCUAGCACUUUGGUUAUUCAAAGUCUUCUUUUAGAGGCUAUAGAAGCAAUGACGCCACCACAAUGUUUCAAGCGUCUUAAAAAAAUGUAAUUUAAAAACAAAAUAAAUAAAAAAGCAUUGGUUUUGAAA